AUCCGCUUCAUCUCUCCUUUUUUUUUUUCUUUCUCUUUAUUUUCUUAAAGAUGAACUUGAGUGGAGAGAUGCUCUAUGUAUUCUUUCACCAAGUCAUGUUUCUAUUGACUGGUUUGUCUACUACUUUAGGAACGCAAUGGUUGUUUUAUCACGGCGCAGCGACGGGUGACAGUUAUUUAGCACAACUAGCACAAUAUCUCGGCAUGGUAUUGGUUGGUUUACUUGUACCUAUAUUACUCAAAAAUAAACAAAAAGGAUACAAUAAGCUUGCUCAAGAAGAACCUGUUGAUAUUCAUAUGGUUCAGAUCAAUCAUGACGAGACACCAACAAAGCAGAAUUUUGAAGAAGGACCUAUCCAUCAUAAAUCGAUUAUGAAGUUGGCAGUGUUGGAUGUGUUUGCUAAUUUUUGCGUCACAUUAGGCUUCUCUAUUGUAGGAAGUGGUAUGUAUCAAGUAAUUUACAGCAGUGUGGUUAUUUGGUGUGCUAUUUUAACUUGGUUCUUGAUGAACCGAACAUUGACCAAGAUUCAAUGGUUUUCUAUCUUUGGCACCAGUGCUGGUCUCGCUAUUAGUUCCAUGGGCAACUUUGAUACAGCACAAAUAGACGAAGCACAAACAGCAGCAGCGGCAUUAUUGAUGUUUGGUACUAUCAUGACUCUUGGUGGCACUUUCUUUUAUUCUUGUGUUUAUGUAUAUUCUGACUAUAUCAUGUCUCAACAAAAACCACCACCAUUGGCUGCUAGAGUAUGUUUCUCUACUGGCAUAUACACAUCAUGCAUUUCACUUGUAUGGAUUGUUGUCUAUACUCUACCUCGAUUUGACCAGCUUAUUCAUCUUAAACAAGGCACUUCAGUUCAAUCUGUCUGGUUCAUGUAUAUUCUUGUUUCUGUAUCCAAUGCAUGUCACUCAUGGAAUUACUAUGAACUCAUUGACCGAACUGGCAGUGUAGCCACUGGCAUUUUACAAGGAUUAAGAGCUGUGCUUAUCUAUAUCAUUAGUGACUCAUGGUAUUGUGAAUCUGAUCCAGCACAAUGUAAGUUGAGUAUCUUGUUGUGUUUUACUUAGUGUUCUGUAGGCUUUACUCAAUACAAAGGCAUUGGAUCCAUUCUUGUCAUUGGCUGUGUACUAUUAUUUACCAUUGGCCGUAAUACUUCACCAAGCAAAAAUAUAUAAAAUAAAAAAAGUUUUUUUUUUU